ACGCAGGUCCGGUGGUCAUCAGUCCAGAAUUUGACUUGUUCAUGGCUAGUACAACACUAGAGAUUUAUUGUAUCAGGAUCCACACUAAAAUAUUAAGACUGUGGAGUUUAAGAGAAAACUUUAGUCUUGGAAAAAGAGAUGAAAGUUAAUACAGGAGGUGAAUUAAUCCCUGUAUUAAGCACUUGGAGUUGUUAAUCGAUUCCUAAUUUGACUUGAGUAAAGGUGUGACCAUAACAUAUUUAAGUACAGGUAGACAUAACCUGUGCCAUUCACACAUACACAAGCAUACCAUUCAAACACAUGUCAAAUUGCAAAGCAGACGGAUCAAAACUAAGUUACAGAAUUAUCCACAAUGACCAGUCUAACGGUGUCUUUGGCCGUACUUGUGUUUUGUGCUAUUUUCUACUCCACCGAUGCAGGUUGCAGAUAUGCGUCUCAAUGCAUAGAUUCCAAUGGUACACUUUAUGAAAUCGGUGGAGAAUGGACCGAACGGUAUGAAGACCAUUGUGAUGAAUGCGAGUGCUAUGAAUUUGGAGCCGGUUGCUGCUCAACAGGAAGUAUCAUCAGUCUUCCAGAUCACUGCGUUGACAUCUUCGAUUCAGACAACUGCGUACAUCAUGUUGUCGAAAAAUCAAAUCCAUGCCAACAAUGCACUGGACCUCAUUCGGCCGUCGGAAAAUAAGCACCAGUUUUCAAAUGCUGAACCUCCGCCGACUACUCCUCUAUAACUGUUCAAAACAUUGUUCUUAUAUUCUUAAUACAUGAUAGCCUAUAGUUUAAGCGUCAUGAUGUUUUGUUUUAUGUAGAAAAUACUAUUCAGAAUUACAUCGUUUCUGUUGAUUUAAUAAUAAACGAUGUUAGCCAAACUAA